CUUCCUGGACAAGCGAGAACGGGAAAUUUUCUUGCUCUGUCGAUGCUAAAAGCACGGCCACGUACAAGAGACAGGUCGAUCAGGCAUGUUUUGCAAGAUAUGAUCAGGCUUAUAACUCCCCUGUGCCUUUGUACGGCUUUGUUCCACUGAGUAUUGGAUUGCCAGUUCUUGUCAGUGUUAUUUAUUCACUGAUAGUGCGCAUUCGUGUCGACGAAAUAGAGUCAAGACAUGAACGACAAACCGAUGGCGAAGCUGAGAACCAUGGACAGGACAGGAAAACGGUAAAUGUUUUUUAUUGCUAUUUUGUCCACCUGGUUGUGCGUGCGUUAUUUGGGAUCAUUUUAACUGUUUUACAAUACACAUAUUUCUAUCCAAAUGGGUUUGAUUUCAAAUUCAGCUGUAAUUUACCAACAACGGAUCAAAUAAGAUCCAAUAUCAAUACACCAAAGAAUGCGAGUCGUAAAUUGAAUAGUACAUCAGUAAAAUGCGAGAACGCGACAGCAUCAGGAAAAUGGGUAUCGGGUGUAUUUGUUUCUGCAACAAACGGUAUUGUUGCCUCAGUUAUACUUGUGGAAGUGAUUUAUCUUUUGCCACGUUUACCAAUGUUCAACCGUCAUUCUGGCUGGAACUGUGAUUCUGAAUUUGUUGUUGACUAUUUUCUUGGAAAGCAAUAUGUGUCUGGUGAACGCCAACCUUUAAGAAGCAUCGAAAACAACCCUCCACCCUGUAGCAUUCAGGCUUAUAGCACUCAGGACUCUGUCACUCAAGCGUGUAGCACUGUGAACAACAGCAUUCAGGAGUCUAGGAAUCAGGACUGUAGCUCUCAGGAUUAUAGCAAUCAGGACGCUAACGCUCAUGAUGGAUGUAGCACUGUGGACAACAAUAUUCAGGACUGUGGCUCUCAGGACUGUAGCUAUCAGGAUUAUAGCACUCCGGACGCUACCACUCGGGGAUGUAGCACUGUGGACAACAAUAUUCAGGAUUCUCGGACUAAGGACAGUAUAAACUUUUACAAGGAACAAGUUUUGAAUCGUUCUCGUGCACCUGACAUAAUUUAUGGACCAAACGCUGAUAUAAAUGAUUUGUAUAUUGACGUUGUUAUCCACACUGAACGAGCUAAGCAUAAGUUUACUAAAAACAUGAAAAGACAUGAGAUCUACGACGUUUAUAUGAAAGUUCCUCCAACCUCAAUACGUUUAGAAAAGAUUAAAGAUUUAUUUCAACCAAACGAAGAUACAAAGGGUAAUUUUCCUCGCAGCAUUCUGGCGAUUGGACGUCCCGGAAUUGGAAAAACGAUCUUAACCGAAAAAAUUCUCCGUGAUUGGGCUGAUGGAAUUGAUAAUUAUUAUUCUGACAAGAUUGCCUUCUUUUUCAAAUUCAGAUGGUUCAAUAAUAAAAACUUAGAAAACAUAUCCCUAAAAACAUUUCUUCAGUUUGGAACGGAACUGAGCGAUGAAAAAUUUGAAAGUAUUUAUCACGAAAUAGUCAAAGAGCCACAAAGAGCCAUUCUUAUUUUUGAUGGUUUGGAUGAAUUUCAUGGCAACCCCAUCAAUUGCUUAGACCAAUCAAGGAUGAUUCCCAACGAUCCCAAAACUUGCAUGUCUGUAAUGAAUUUAUUCGUCAAACUGGUUUUGGGUCACAUGUUGAAAGAAGCAACGGUUCUAGUAACGAGCAGACCGACUGCAGAUCAUUUUUACUCAAGACUUGAUUUUGAUCGAAAUGUGGAGAUUAUUGGUUUCACUUCCGAGAAAAUUGAAGAGUAUGUCACCAAAUUUUGUGACAAUAAUAACACAAGCAACCUUAAACCGAAGAUAUGGAAUCACAUAGAAUCCUCAACAGAACUGUUGAACUUAUGUUACAUUCCAGUUAACUCCUUUAUAGUGUGCGUCACCCUCUCUGGAUGUCUUAGUGACCCAGAAUAUGAUGGCUGUGCUCUCCCAACAACACUGACAGAACUAUACCAAAGAGCCAUAAAUCAUUUUGAGAAACAUCAUCAAAGAAAUGAAGGCGGAAACUCUACUGCACAGGAAGCAUUAAAGGAACUUAAACGAUUAGCAUUCCUUGGUAUGGAAAACGUGCAACUGGUUUUUGAACAAGAAUCAUUUGAUGAGCAAAUGAAAAAAUCUGGUUUAGUGAACUGUUUAUCCAACCCUAUUUUCCCACUACAAACACAGUUUUGCUUUAUUCAUUUAACCAUACAAGAAUUUCUUGCUGCAUUACACGUGACUGAAACCCUCGCUCCACCCGAAAUAAAGAAGUUUAUUUCCGAUCAUGUUGGAAGUGGAAAAUGGCAUUUAGUUCUUCAGUUUCUUGCAGGACUUUUGGGGAAAAAAAUCAAGAAAUUUGAUACGGAAUACAAGAAUUGUGUUUGGGCGUUUCCAGAAAACCUCUUGAAAGAAACUUAUGGUAAAAUUAUACUUGAUUACAACGAAGUGUUUAUGAUGAAGUUUUUAAGGGAAGUUGACGAUGAAGAGAUCACUGAAAAAGUUUGCGAGACAACUUCGUUGAACGAUGUUGUAAAUGUCAGUGGUUCUAAAUAUAAAUGUUCUCUAAGUGAGAUGGCGGCGGUGAUUUUCGUUUGCAAACACAUGAAAAAAUUGGCAAUUUUCAAAUUGGAUGCUAACAAUGCAGAUUGUCUUUCAGAGGUUCUAGAAUUGCUACGAAAAAGAUGCCUGAAACAACUGUAUUUGUCUGGAAAUAACCGUAGCCCUAAACAUCACAAUAUUGUAGAGAUGCAACAAGUAUUUAGCGCAUUGAUGGAAUUAAACUGCACAUUGGAACACAAAGAGACUGAGCUGACUUUGUUACAACUCAGCGGUUUUCGCAUGACUACAGAAGAUUUAUCAACCAUGUGCAAUUUUUUUCGAAACGGGCAUGCGAGCCAACUUGAGUGUUUAGAUCUAAGUAGGAAUGAAAUUAAUUCAGAUGAUAUUUCGAAACUCCGUAAAGCCCAUAACAAUGGACAUUGUCCAAAUCUUACAGAUUUGGUUCUCAGUGGAAAUAAUUUUGGUGAUGAGGGUGCAAGCGUAUUGUGGGAUACUCUGAUCAAAUGGUUUCCUAAACUUAAUCGAUUGGAUGUCAAUAAGUGCAAGUUUACAGAUCAAUGUAUUCCUAAGCUAGUUAAGGCACUGCAAGAUGAAUGUUGUCAACUGACUGUUCUAUUACUGCUUGACAAUGCCAUAGGUGAUAAAGGUGCAUGUAUGUUUUUCGAAGAUGCUCUAACAAAUGAACAUUGUAAACUUACUAAGUUGGAUCUUACUCGUUGUAAAUUGACAGGUCAAUGCAUACCCAGCUUGUGUAAGGCGCUGCAAGAUGAACAUUGUCAACUGACUUCUCUAUCAUUGUCGUCCAAAGGCGAAACCUGCAUAGGUGAUGAAGGUGCAUGUAUGUUGUUCAAAGAUGCUCUAACAAAUGAACAUUGUAAACUUACUGAGUUGGAUCUUGAUGAAUGUUCAUUGACAGAUCAAUGCAUACCCAGCUUGUGUAACACACUGCAAGAUGAACGUUGUCAACUGACUGUUCUAUCACUGGGGAGGAAUUGCAUAAGUGAUGUAGGUGCAUGUAUGUUGUUCGAAGAUGCUCUAACUAAUGAACAUUGUAAAUUUACUGAGUUGGAUUUUACUCAUUGUGUAUUGACAGAUCGAUGCAUACCCAGCUUGUGCAAGGCGCUGCAAGAUGAACAUUGUCAACUGACUUCUCUAUCAUUGUCGUCCAAUGACAUAGGUGAUGAAGGUGUAUGUAUGUUGUUCAAAGAUGCGCCAACAAAUGAACAUUGUAAACUUACUGAGUUGAAUAUUACUGGUUGUUUAUUGACAGAUCAAUGCAUACCCAGCUUGUCGGAGGCGCUGCAAGAUGAACAUUGCGUGUUAACAAAAUUAUGGAUUAUUGGCGAUUUUACUAAAAAGGACAAGAAGCUACUUCGUGACAUAGAGAACUAUGAAACUUGUAAAGCUAGAGGUUUAAUAAUUGACAUUUGA